UCUCUCUCUCUCUCCCUCCUUAUAACCGCAUGCUGUUGUUGCUACAGUCAUCAGCAUUUCUCACCGUGAAGAAUCGCACAACAGAGAAGCCGCAAACGCAUCAUCGCGACAUCGUUGUGAGUGGAAGCUCCACGUUCAGCGGCAGCUCUUUAAACAGCUGCUUCGCGGAGCCAACAUAGGAGAACCUGUCCGGACGUGACCAGUCCCAGGGUGGAUGAAAGGGUGUGGAUUUAAUUCGGGAUUUUCCAAUCUUCGUACGUGGAGUUGGUGAUUAAUGGCCUACAUAAGUACUGUGGUCUGAGUUGUAUAUUUUUGAUUUCACAUUGAGGGUGUGUCUGGGCCGCCGCUACCACUACGGCAUGCGGGAUGGGCCAAACGCGCUCUGAUCUCUCGCACAGCGCCGCCACGCCAGGCGGGGCGACGUGGAAACCGAACGGCACGCCUCACCGCCUCAGUAUCUCCAGAUUCAGGAGCAAAGGGAAGCCAGGGAGCGAGCAGCUGAGCAGGAAUCCGAUGAAAAACAAAGUGCUGUCCUGCUUAGGAAGGAGAAAGCGAUACUCCAGCCAAACGGAGGAGGAUUUAGGUUACGGAACCGAGACCGCCGACCCGGCAGCGCGCCGCGGCCACAGAGCAGGAAAGUUGCCCAGAGACGAGGCUGUUUCGGCAACCGGGGGAUAUCGCGCAGCCACGGGUUGUUUCGAGCCUUUAUCCGGCCCCAGCGAUCAUGUCGAAGGGGUCCAGCUCACCGUGAACCGAGAGGCGACGGCUGGUGCAGCCGACGCGCCAGGCUCGGAAACACGGAGCCGUGAAGUUAGCGGCGGGGGCUGCGAGGAGCCCGGAGCCGGCGUGCGGGAAGACAAUGCCUCGGACCCCCCAGCCAGGGCCAUGGAAGAUCAGCCAGUGGGGGGAAGCGAUCAGAACGGCGUGGUUUCUGGGUUCAGGAGCGCUCCGAGUCUGAAGCCCCGUCUCACCUCCGACCCGGACUCUGAGCGGACUUCGCCCCCGGAUCGGGAGCUGACCGGCGGGACGCUGAGCGAUCGCGUUAAUGGUGAAAUGACUAAAACUGAAUCCACCCCCGGCGAGCAGAACAGCGGCUGUCUGGAUAAGUCUGAAAGCGCACCGCGCCCAGGUCAGAGCCACCGAAGCCCCCCAGCGCAAAGCUUUCCCGGAACGAUACCGAAACUGAUCAUAACUAGAGACCCGAGCCCGACCAGGGGCCCGCCGACCCACCAGACCUCCUGUCUGGAUCCUCAGGCCGACGACGAGUCCCCCUGCUCGGACAGCGGCUGCGGUGGGUCCCCUGCUCUGAUGCGCUCCCCCAGGAAGCUGUCCAGCUCCUCGUCCAUAGGCCUGUCCUCCGCCUCGUCCUUUGAGGAGUCCGAGGACGACUUCACCGGCAGCGACAUCGAGUCCAGCCUGUCCCCGGCCCGGUCCCUGUGCAGCGCUGAUGGCCCAGGGAAUAGAUCCUGGUCCAAGGUGAAGAGCAUGGUGCACUGGACUCCUCUGGCCUUUGCGCUGCAGAAUCGCCACUCCUGGGUGCAGCUGGCUGGCCAUGCAGGCAACUUCCAGGCCAGAGACGGCGGCCGCCUGAUGAAGCGAUACUGCGAGUGUGAGGAGCAGUGCCUGAAGAAGCUGAUGACGGACAGCCUGCGGCCGUAUGUGCCGGGGUACUAUGGUGUGGUGCAGAAGGACGAGCAGGAUUAUAACCUCAUGGACGACCUGCUGAAUGACUUUGAAUCGCCGUCCAUCAUGGACUGCAAGAUGGGCAGCAGGACCUAUUUGGAAGAGGAGCUGCUGAAAGCAAGAGAGCGACCCCGUCUGCGAAAAGACAUGUAUGAUAAAAUGGUUUCCGUGGACCCGGCGGCCCCCACGGAGGAGGAGCGGGCUCAGCAGGGCGUCCUGAAACCUCGGUACAUGCAGUGGAGAGAGACGCUGAGCUCCACCGCUACGCUCGGCUUCCGCAUCGAGGGCAUUAAGAAAGCCGACGGGACGUGCAACACCAGCUUCAAGAAGACGAAGCACAGAGAGCAGGUGAUGAAGGCCUUGGAUGACUUUGUUGACGGCAACGUUCACAUCCUGAAACUUUACCUGCAGCGGCUGGAAGAACUGUGCUCUGCUCUGGAGAAGUCGCACUUCUUCAAGACACACGAGGUCGUGGGCAGCUCCCUCCUGUUUGUGCACGACGCGUCUGGAAAGGCCAGCGUCUGGAUGAUCGACUUUGGCAAGACGGUCCCUCUGCCGCCCCCCAUGACGCUGGACCACAGGACGCCCUGGGUGGAGGGCAACCGGGAGGACGGCUACCUGUGGGGACUGGACAACCUCAUAGACAUCCUCACCAGCAUGCUGCCUCAGACGCCUUGUGAGGGAGACAGAAACUCGGAGGAGGCGUGAUGUGAACGGGCGCCGGUUUUCAUCUUUUUUUUUUAUUGCUGCCACCAUCGCAGUGUGGUAAUCCUUGCAUGUCAACGCAUGUGAAAGAGGGGAAACUAAAGCAAGGACACUGUGGACCGUGCCUGAUGACUUUUUUUUUUAUUUGCAUUAUGAGUUUUGGGGCGGGGCGGGCGUCACCUGAACACAACCAAAAGGUCGAGGAGCAUACAAGACUAAAUAUCUAAAUAUUCUCUCGUUGACUUACUGUCUGAGAAUAUACUAAUUAAAAGGUGGAUAUUUCCUCACAGUAUCUCUCGCCCGCUCCUCAACAGCACCCUCUGCUGGAUUUUGUUGCACACAGCAAGUUGUCUUACAUCCUUGAACUCUCGAAGUGCAUAGGAACGAUUUAUUUUUUCUCUUUUUUAUUUUUAAUUGAUGGACCACUUUUGAUGUUUAAGCACACAGCAACACUAAAAACACUGGUGAGACCAAGUGUUAACUAACUCAGUAUGUAAAUAGCUUAAUUUAAUCUUUUUAUUUUUUUGGCCUCGGGAUAACCUUAUUUGUAAAGUUUCUGUGCCUAACAUUUUUUUUAUAUAUAAAUAUAUAAAACUGAUCAUUCCAGUGCAAAGGACUCUCCCCAAAGAGUUGACCCAAGUAUGAACUGACUUGCAUCUAAUCUCCAAGUUUUGCCUUUUAUCAGAAAUGGUUUUAUUUUGUAGUUUUUCUACGAUACAAUGCAGUGAUUUUAUUUUUUUUUUAUUUUUUAUUUUUAUUUCUUCUGUUUUUAGUUUUUAAUGUACAGUAAGAAGCUUGAGCUACGUUUCUUUGGAAAUUGUUGCACUGUGGAUCCUCAAAAAGCAAUCGAACAAAACGAGCAGUGCCUCUCUCUCUCUGUGAAGUGCUUGGUUUACAGUUGGACAUGAAUUUGAUUUUCUCUAAUCAGCUUUGCUUUGGGGUUUUUUUUUUACCGCAAACUGGUGGCGUAAAGGGUGAAAUGUAACUAGAGGUAAGACUGUUUGAGGUUUUUAGAGACUUUGCAAGAACAAAAGACUGGAAUAAUCUUAGUCCAGCUAAGGUUAAAGAAUUAAUAAAAUAAACUUUGGGACCUUUUAGACCUGGGGAUAUUGCUGUAAGCCACAUCUGGGUACACUAAACUGUAUAAUCGUGGGCCUGAUAUUAGUAUUCAGCACACAGCUUGCAAGGAAACAACGCUGUAAGAUACCAUAGCAGUGCUAAUGCUCACGUUUGUUCCUUCUUUACCGGGUUUUUAAAUUGACCUGUGACUGGCAGCUCUGUUCGAGUGUUUGUGUGCAAUUCCUCAUCUUGGUACAAAAUAAAUGAGACUUUGGCACUGCGUAAAUCUAACGCAAUGAAAUUAAAAAUAAAUUAGGCAAAUCAGAUUAUUUUUUUUUUGUUAAUCCCCGAAUUGUUAACAUACCAGGUGGAAAAGGAGUAUUAAUGUUUACAAAGUAUUAUCAGCCCACAAAUUGUAUUUGUAAUGUGGGGAAAUAAUCAGGUUCUCAAACUGGGUGCUGCUUUCCAAGAAAGAAAACUGGAUAUGAACCAUGUGUUUUUUUUUUUUUUGUUUUUUUUUUUCUUUUUUAAAAGCAGUUCGUUAAACAAAGAUGGUUGGAAAUUGUUAAUUAACCCCUGCUUUGUCCAUGUUAUGGAUUGCAAUAAACUAAAAAAUAAGAGCU